ACCCAGGGCCUCGCACGUGCUAGGCGAGUGCUCUACCACUGAGCCGCAACCCCAGCCCUACACUCUGUCUUACUCAAACACCUUCCGUGGCUCCCUAGUACCUACAGGACAAAUCGCAACUUCAGUCCACCCUGCCAUUUAAGGCUGCUGCUUUCAAGGUCUCUGUGGUUGAAUGUGUGAGUUUUGAGUUGGUAGCCUUGGGCUCCAGUCCCUUCCUCCACUACUGAGCACCUACACUAGGUGCCAGUCAGUCACCCUUCGAGCCUCUGGGUAAACACAUGGCUUUCUAACAGGAACUUCAGGCAGACUCUUGAACAAGCCAGCCUCACAUUGGUCCCCUGAGUUUAAGGAUUCCAGACGGUGGGGUCUGCUGCUCUGCCCGGGUCUUUUAUCAGUAUUGUCAGAACCCCAUCUGUCCCAGUGUCCCCCACCCAGCUCACUCUGGCGGAGCUCCCGGCACCCCUGUUGGUGCAGGCUGAUUUAUAAUUUACCCUACCACUAGGUCUUUGGGGUCCCCGGGGGAAGUUUCAAUCUCAGAGGAACUUGCAGGUCCCGUCCCAACAGGGGAGCCGUCCCCAGGUUCUGGGCAGGGUCUGAGCAAGGGCUGGAUCCCAGCGCCCCGCAUGCUCCCUGCCUGGCCUGGCCCUUCUGCCGCCAGUGCUGUGUGGGGUACUGUACAGAGCGCCUCAUUCCUUGGGUCUCAGUUUUCCCAGGGGGACAGUUUCCUCCCCUGUCCCCCUGCAGUAAUUGGGAUACAGCGGAGGUGACAGGAAUGGGAAACCCUUGGCACUCUGUCCAGUGCUGGGCAGGGCGCGCAGGGGCAGCCCCUGGGCGCCAGCCUUGCCCAGGCUUCCCAUCAGGGCUCCACUCGGUCCAGUCCCCCUCCUUCCCCUCCCUCCCUCCGUCUCUCCCUCCCUGCCAUCGCCGAGCCCUGGCUCCCGGCAUGCUGCGCGCUGACAGCCUUAUAAAUAGUCGCCUUUGCCGCGGCCAGCAGGACCGGCAGGGCAGGCACCCGACGCCCACUGCACCCUCCCGGCCGCAGAGCGCUGACCCGGCUCCUGGGACGUCGGCAGGAUGGAAGAGAAGCUGAAGAAAACCAAGAUCAUCUUCGUGGUGGGGGGACCUGGCUCAGGGAAGGGCACCCAGUGUGAGAAGAUUGUGCAGAAAUAUGGCUACACCCACCUCUCCACGGGGGAUCUCCUGCGGGCUGAAGUCAGCUCGGGCUCCGCCAGGGGCAAGAUGCUGUCGGAAAUCAUGGAGAAGGGGCAGCUGGUGCCACUGGAGACCGUGUUGGACAUGCUCCGAGACGCCAUGCUGGCCAAAGUCGAUUCUUCCAAAGGCUUCCUGAUCGACGGCUACCCCAGGGAGGUACAGCAGGGAGAAGAGUUUGAGCGGCGGAUCGGACAGCCCACACUGCUGCUGUAUGUGGACGCAGGCCCUGAGACCAUGACCCAGAGGCUCCUGAAGCGCGGGGAGACCAGCGGGCGUGUGGACGACAACAAGGAGACCAUCAAGAAGCGGCUGGAGACCUACUACAAGGCCACCGAGCCUGUCAUCGCCUUCUAUGAGAAGCGAGGCAUCGUCCGCAAGGUCAAUGCUGAGGGCUCCGUGGACAGCGUCUUCUCCCAGAUCUGCUCCCACCUGGACGCCCUGAAGUAGCCCCACGGCCUCCCCAGCCCGGAGCCUCCCGCUGACUGGAGGCCGCGGUUCAGCCUGGGCCUCGCCCUGCUCGGCUGCCAGACGCGGGGACCCUGGAUCCCGUCCGGGGACAGCUGAGCACUAAAGGAACUUCCCAGGCGUCUGGGUUUUAUUCCUCUUUCUUUGCUUCCAGUUGGAGUUGCUUCGUCGCCCGCCCAGCCUCGAGCCUCCGGCCCCUCGCCCUCCCCCUCCUGCUGAGCCUCUGGCUCCCCUUUUGCCCCCGUCCUCCUCCAGCCCUGGCGGGAGGCCCAGGGCUCUGCCCCAGGCGGGGUGUGCCCAGCCCAGGCUGCACCAGGCAGCGGAGAGGCUGGGGACCUUGCUCUCGGGGUCUCGGUUCUGGCCUGACCUCCUCUGUGUCCUGGCUGUGUGUCCUCAGCCCUGCCCCUGCAUCUCUCUGAGUGUUUUCUGUGUAGGCCUCGGCCGGGGCCGGGGCCGGGCUGCAGCAAGCUGAGAGGCUGCGGACGGUGGGACCGGACCAUGCACAGGCCUCCUUGGUCCUGAAGCUCCGAGGGCCAGGGAGGUAGCGGGGGUCAGGUCCCCUGCCCAGCACCAGCCCGCUCUGCUUGAGCCAUUUCUGAAUGUAAAGGAGUUUGUGCCUCCCCCUGCCCCGCAAAGUCAGUGAGGGGGUGACAGUGACCAGCCUCUGCAGCCGGAGCCACAGCAGCCUGACUUGAAGGGCGCAGGCCCAAGCCAGGCUGGGGACAGCCGGGUCCCCUGAGAACCAGCUUUCUUCCCCGCCCGCUCCUCCUUUGACCUCAUCAGCAAGAAAGGCUCAAUUUGGUGCUUACCUGUCUGCAACACCUGUCUCCGCCCCACGGGCUGCUCAGAAGCCCAGGGAACCAGAUGGCCACCCUGGCCUGGAGGACACCCCUCGGGCUGAUUGUGCUCAGUUGUGUCCCUGUAUUUAUGCAACUGGCCCCGCUUCUCCCUGACAUUGGUUAUUUAAACUUUCCUUUAAAAUAAACAUAUUUAAGUUACAAA